CAGGCGCCGAGACUCCACUCCAUCUGACCUCGAUAAUUGCAUUUUUCUAUUUUCUCUCACUUUGGCUUGACUUUCAUCGCAGACUUCACAUUCAAGAGUCUCUGAUUUACCAUUUUGUAAAUUCGGAAAAUCUUACACGGUCUCCUCUCACCGAUAAACGAGUGGUGGUAUUUGAAGUCAUCUCAUUCAGAAACAGAGAAUAUGGCCCCUGAGCUAUCGUCAAAUUGGAAGAAGCUUCAGGCACAACUCAAAGCGGCAGGCACGUCUUCUUCCACAACUACACCGGCCAAGACAUCUGGAGGCGUCAAGAGAAAAGCAGACUUUUCAACAUCGGACCAACAACAGUCCAAAAAGAAGAAGACAACGUCGAAAAUAUCUGGAGUACCUACGCAUACCCCAAAGACCACAAAAGCAAGGAACGGACGCAUGGGUGUUGCUCAAAGCUCAAAGGUUGAAGUCGAACCCAAGGUCGGCCCGUCACCGUCACUCGCUCUCUGGGCCGAGGACAAUGACAUCUCAUCAGAAGCCCUCGCUGAGGCCUAUGGUCUCGGCAUAAAGAACAACUCCAUGCUCGGAUCUGAAAAGGACAAGAUCAACUCGGGUCUCAUAGGAGGCCUUGAUGUGGGCAAGUACAUUGCCAUCGAUUGCGAAAUGGUCGGUGUUGGAGACGGAGGAUACGAGUCGGUCUUGGCUCGCGUGAGCAUCGUCGACUUCCACGGACGCCAAGUAUAUGACUCGUAUGUGAAGCCCCAAGAGCGGGUGACGGACUGGCGGAGUGCUGUGAGUGGGAUUCUCCCCAAGCACAUGAGAUUUGCUCGGGAUUUCGACGAGGUCCAGAAGGAAGUCGCCGCGCUUCUCAAAGACAGGAUAGUGGUGGCCCACGAUAUCAAGCACGAUCUGGACGUCCUGAAACUGAGUCACCCGGGUCAAGACAUCCGCGAUACAGCCAAGCACCCAGGGUUUCGACAGUACGGCAACGGCAGCAAGCCGGCGCUAAGAAGACUCGCAGAGGAGUUGCUCAAGGUCACCAUCCAAGGCGGUGCUCACUCGAGUAUCGAAGACGCGCGCGUGACGAUGCUUUUAUUCAGGAAACACAAGUCUGCAUUUGAUGUGGACCACGCCAACCGCUUUCCUCGAUUUGGAGGUGCUUCGACAAAUUCGAAGCCAAAGUCUAAUAAGUCCAAGAAAAAGAAAUGAGUCUUUAUCCUCUACGCUGCUUUAAACUCGUCAAGGCCCCGGGGGGCCUCAUGCGCCCGCGUCUUCAGGAUUAUGACACAGCCCAAUUAUGUCCACUUUCUUCAUAGCGGAAUGCCUUCCAUCAACUCCAGAGCGCCCUCGCGUCCAACGGUUAUUAUUACGUCGCCAAGCGUCUUUGUUCGGAACCCGGCUUCGCAGUAUGUGAAGUAAUACUGCGUGACAAAAUUAGCUUAGAAAUACCACAAGAGGCAUAGAUGGCUGGGCGAAUCUUGGAAUCGA